GCCGGUCGUAAUGUUAAGGCUGCUUUCAUCGUCGCUGACCCCGAAUCACAGAAUGCUUAGAUAGCGGACCAAUAUCUCUCUGCGUCAGCGUUGAGGCGGCGAACGGUAAAUCAACCGCAGUACGGUAUGUCGCUGUCGUUCCGGCCUUUGCUGAGCGGUUCGCCCUUGUUGGUAGCGGGACGAUCCAAUGCUACGCUCAACCCCUUCUUUUCAACUGAAGUAGCCCCUCAUGCACUCAUUCAGCCCCGUGACAUGUCUUGCGCACCUCUGCGCUCUGCUGCUUUUCCGUGGCGCCCUGGCCGAGCACUGGAUCUGCUACUGGCAGCCUAUCUACGAGGAGUCACCCGCAACGCAAGGCUACUUAAAGUACUGUACGGCAGACAAGAUCCUCGAUCCGGGGUACGACCAAGCUCACUACGAGUGCCAGGGGAAUACUAGCUUGCGACCCGCUGACUUUGGCUACCUGAGGAGGCAUAUCCUUGAGCUGGGUGAGCCGAAGACGUCCCCUUGGCAUCUGUGCUGCGGAGUGCUGACUGCCAACCCCCUCGUGCCGCUCUACACCGGACCAGCGACACCCUGUGGAGGUAACGGCUGGGCAAUUGACUGGGAGGGGGAUUGUCCUGGCCGUUCAUGGGCUUAUUGCAAUGGCGCUUCCAGCGAGGGCGACUGUUACUACCUUCAGAGUAGAGAUGACUGUGCGUGGACGCCCCGAGGGAUGCAAGUGGGUCGUGCUAGGUCUGACAGACCUGCUCCUCUGCCGUUCCUGACGCAGGCGAGUGGCCCGGAUACUUCACGCAAAAGUCGGCCCCCUCGACGCUCGAGAUUUGGGUGAACGCCUAGCGUUGCUGAGCCGGGGAUGCUCCUCACAAGCGUGAGUUGUGGGUCAGUAGCGGAGACGAGAUAGCCGCUCCGCCAACACUUGACCCCGGGGACGACACCGUACGUCAUGGCUCAUCAUCGAGACAAUAUUCCUUUCAUUCUUCCUUUUGCUCGAUCAUGUGACUCUGACUUGCGUCGCCCGCCAUCGCGUUGACAUCUGAUCUCGCUGCGUUAUGACGGCUGACGUUUGGCAU